AUGCCUCUCCCUCAACUCGACGACGGCCUCUCCGUCUCCCGUCUCCCUCAGCUUGUCGUCUCGUCGCCCUUUGUCGAUGCUUUUCUGUCGUCUCUUCUCUCCCUGAACCGCGGAUUCGCUUUCGCUCAGACGCGCCCGCAGUCAGUUCGGCUACUCGACGACCGGCAGGGCACUAGGACAUGGCGCAGCUUCCCGACAGCGACGCAUCAGCUUCAGUCAAAGUACUUGGCAGAGUUGGAGCAGAAGCCCAAGUGCAAACAUGACGUUUCGCGGCGAGGAGCGUGGCUCGCUAGUCGCCUCGCCGUGGCUGAAAUCAUUGGCGCAGCGGCACCCGCCGGCGACAGUGCGCAGGGCUAA